AUGUCGUCGAGGCCCGACCUAACCAAAAGUUUCCUUGUAUCGGCUGCACAGUUGCAGUAUUACAAGGACAGACCAGCCCCGACGGCGCCUGAUGGUUUGUACGACUCACAGGCUGUUGCGCAGAAUGAGCAGAGCACGCAGGAUGACCAGAACUCGGUGCUCUACAAGGUUGUUAAUGAUGUCCAGCAGGCGGUGCAGCGUGGGCCGAUAGUCCCAGACACACUAAAGGCUGCGGAAGGUGUUUUGGAUGUUAUCAAUAACCCCGACGCGAUAGACGACAGGAAAGGGAUCUUCACUACAGCGUUGGCGGCCAUCACGAGGCUUCCGUCAGGAGCGGUACAGGAUGAGCUCAACAAUGAGGCUAUAGCUUUGUUGUAUAAUACGUUGCCUCAUCCGCCAGCGACAUUCAUUGGCCCGCAGUAUCAAUGGAGGAGCGCAGACGGGUUUGGAAACAACGUUGAGAAUCCACAACUUGGGCGCGCAGGAACGCCGUAUGCGCGUAGCGUCCAAGGAAAGCAUCCCCUUACGAGUACAUCACUGCCAGAUUCAGGUUUGGUUUUUGAUACGCUACUUUGUGCGCGCGAUUGGCAAGAACAUCCUGGCAAAAAUUCCUCAUUGACCUUCGCCUUUGCGACGAUCGUUACCCAUUCGCUUUUCAGGACAGAUCCUGUCGACUGGACACGCAAUAAUACGUCGUCGUACCUUGAUCUUUCGCCUUUGUAUGGGUACAGCCAAGCUACACAAGACCAGGUGCGCGAUAAGGAGCAGGGACGUGGGCUUCUGUACCCCGACACGUUCAGUGAGGAACGGCUGAUCUUCGCGCCACCAGCGGCAUCGGCGUUGCUUGUCAUCUUCAGCCGGAACCACAACUACAUUGCCAACAUGCUACUGAAAAUUAAUGAAUGGAAGCGGUGGACCGACCCACCACCGGCUGACCCCCAGCAACGUGCCCUGCAAGAUGAAGAGAUCUUCCAGACGGCGCGACAUGUCAACUGUGGGCACUUCAUAUCCCUCAUCUUUGGCGACUAUGUAGCCGGUUUUCUUGGACUCCCACGAGAAGGGAACUCAUGGAGCAUGAAUCCAUUCGAUCCCAUUACGACAAAGAAAGGUGAGAAAGUCACUCGAGGACAGGGUAACCAAGUCUCUGUAGAGUUCAACCUCCUCUAUCGUUGGCACGCAACGAUUGCGAAAGAGGAUAUCAAAUGGACACAGAACGAGUUCGCGUCCCUUUUUAGUUCGGCAGGAAAACCAACAAACCAGGUCACUCUCGACGAUUUCAAGGUCGCUGCAAUUAGCGCGUACAGCAAAAUCGAUCCGGAGCCCAGAAAGCGGGUGUUUGGCGAUAUGGCGCGUCAGGCCGACGGCACGUUUAAGGACGACGAUCUCGCACAGAUCCUGCAGGACGCAACCGAUAAGGCAGCCGGCGCGUACCGCGCUCGGGGGACGCCCGCAGUGCUGCGCACAAUCGAGGUCAUGGGUAUGGAGCAGGCGCGUCGGUGGGGGUGCUGCACUAUGAAUGAGUUCCGUGAUUUCCUCGGCCUGGCCCGCUUCAAAUCGUUCUCGGACUGGUCGACCAACCCCGAGAUCGCAAAGACGGCAGAGCUCCUGUACGGACACAUCGAUAACCUCGAGCUUUAUCCCGGCCUGCAGGCAGAGGACUGUAUGCCGCUGGGGCCUGGGAGUGGGAUUUGUUGUGGGUACACGAUGACGAGGGCGAUCCUGGCAGAUGCGAUAGCGUUGGUGCGUGGUGAUCGGUUCUACACCACGGACUAUACACCUGCGAACCUCACCUCAUGGGGUAUUCAGGAUUGCGUUCGCAAUCCAGAUAACGGUGCCUUCGGUGCGGAGUUGCCCAAGCUUCUCUUCCGCCACCUCCCCCGUCACUACCCCGGCAACAGCGUCUACGGUCUCUUCCCCUUCUUCACUCCCGCGGCUGUUAAAGAGAACCUCACCAACAUUGGGCUCGACCUCUCGAAUUACAGCUUUGAGCGCCCGAAGCCAAAGCCGAUCCCCAUCGUGCUUAAUACGAUCUCGGGUAUUCGAUAUGUGUUUAGUAAUUUUAACGUCUACAAGCAAACGUACACGGAUGAUAUGAAUUUGCUGACGCAGGGUUAUGGAUUUAUGCUCUCAUUUGACGAGAAAGAGAAACACGACACUGAUCGUGUAAUGACCCUAAAAGCUCUUUUCCCUGACCAAGAAAUGAAGGCCAAAUACGUUGCAUGGUAUGGGACCAAGACUCUUGAGCUCCUUAAAAGGAAAACCUUCAAAUAUCCUGGUCUGCCGGGAAACCACGUUGAUAUCGUCAGGGAUGUCAUCAAUCUCGUUAGUGCUCAUUGGGUUGCUGAAAACUUGAUUGGCUUCCAAUUGAAAACGGAGGAGACCCCAUCAGGAAUACUCACAGAACAGGAGUUUUAUCAGAUGUUGGAACUGCUCUUCACAUGUGUCUUCAUAAAUAUCGACUCGGAGCACUGGUGGGCACUCCGCUCCGGUGCGUUGAAGGUUAGCGACGUCGUGACGGGUUUGAUCGAACAGGGCAUUACCAAUGCUUCUCCUCACCUUGCAACUAAUGCUAUUGUUGGCGUCUUCACAAGGCUCAAGGAAGCUAUCUGGCCGCCAGCACGUCAGGACUGUCCUAGCUUCCUUACUCGCCUAACGGCAUCCGGGAGACCGAUGCGCGACCUUGCGGCUAUCGUUAUUGGGUUGGCCGUUGGCAGUUCCGUCAACUAUGCCCAAGCUGUUUCGCAGAUCGUCGACUUCUAUCUAGACGACAGCCGUGCUGCAGAGAGGACUGCGCUCAUUGCUGUGUGUAAGCGCGAUGAUGCAAAGAGUUCAGAACUACUCAAGGGCUACGUCCGUGAGGCCAUGCGCCUCAACCCGCAAUUCGGUGGACUCUUCCGCUAUGCUGUGAAGGAUGAUGUCAUUAACCAAGGACAUGGCCUCCCACCUGUUAGCGUACACCCAGGCGAUAUCAUCUUCGGGAGCUACAAGAACGCACAUCGCAAUCCGGAUGACUUCCCGGAUCCCUUAAAGGUCGACCCCACUCGCCCACUGGACAAUUACGAGUUGCAGGGAUGCGGUUUCCAUGGCUGCCCCGGCGUCGCUUUCGUGGCGGAGGCAGUCCCGACCAUGAUAAAGAUAAUUUUCAGCCUGCCUGGUAUCCGACGGGCACCUGGACCAGCCGGAACGCUUGCUGGGUUCACUCUCAACCAAUUUGAGACCGAUAAUAAAAUGUACAUCACGGCGACUGGUCAGUGGGGUCCGUGGCCGGGUUCCCUCCAGAUCGUGUACGAUGAUGCCUGA